AUGCUAAGUAAUAAAUCAUCAGAAUGCCUGAGAGAAUCGCUGCUCCAGCUGCUCAAGCGAUGCACCGCCGCGCGCGAUCUAGCGCAGGGCCGGCUCCUCCACUCCCAGAUCGCAUCCAUCGGCCUGGAGCAGGACAAAUACCUCGCCAAUCUGCUGCUCCAGAUGUAUGGCAAAUGCGGCAGCGUGUGCGAUGCCGAGGAGCUCUUCUUCCGCAAGAUUCAUUCCAAGAACCGCUUCUCCUGGAGCAUUAUGAUCUCGAUCUACGCCCAGCAGCAGCAGCUCGAUGAUGCCAGGCACAUCUUUGAUGCAAUGCCGGAUGGAAUCCGCGACGUCGUGCACUGGAACACGAUCCUCACAGGCUACGCAAACAGUGGCUUCCUCUCGAUGGCCGUCGCUAGGGCUCUAUUCGACCGAAUGCCCCAGUGGAGCGUGGUAUCUUGGACUGCCCUCAUCACAGUAUAUGCCCAGGGCGGGCAUCUCGCGUCAUCGAGGCACGCGUUCGAUUCCAUGCCAGAAAGAAACGUGGUAUCGUGGACGGCGAUUCUAGCGGCAUAUACCCAGCAUGGGCAUCUAGAGCAGGCACGGGGAUUAUUUUCCAGAAUGCCCCUGGUAGACCUCGUUGCGUGGAACUCUUUGCUUGCUGGAUAUUCCCAGGACGGGAAUAUUGCUGCCAUGCUGGAUUUGCUAAGCUCCAUGCCCGAGAAAGAUUCUUUUACGUGGAGUUCUCUAUUGGCAGGAUAUGCUCGGGCAGGGAAUCUUGAGAAGGCAAAGGAGAUCUUUGCUAAAGUUCCCGAUGUGACCUCUUGGACGGCUAUGAUCACCGCUCAUGCCCAAGCUUCGGAGAUCAACGCUGCAAAAAACUAUUUUGACAAGAUGCCCCAGCGAACAAAUGUCUCGUGGAAUGCAAUGUUAGCAGCAUUUGCCGAGGUAGGGGAUUUGGAAAACGCAAAAGGUAUAUUCCACAAAAUGCCAGAUCUAAGCAUAGUGUCUUGGAACACCAUCCUUUCUGGAUUUGCCGUCCAGGGCUGUUUAGAAGAAUGUAAAGACAUCUUUGACAAGAUGCCAGGGAAUAAUCUUGUGUCGUGGAACGCUGUCUUAACCGCAUUUUCUUGCAAAGGGUAUUUGGAGGAAACGAGGCAAUACUUUAGUGCCUUGCCAGAACGAAACUUUAUAUCGUGGAACAUUCUCUUGGGCGCCUUUGCGGAGAAUGGCCAUGCAUUCCAAGCUUUGAACCUUCUCUCCGCGAUGAUCAUGGAGGGAUUUAUGCCCGACGCGCUGACAUUCAUGAGCGUUUUGGGGGCUUGUAUACACAUUGGAGUCUUGAUCCUGGCUCGGGAUCACUUCGUAUCCAUGACGUACGAUCACAGUAUAGUUGCGGAGAGGGAUCACUACGGCUGCAUUGUGGAUCUCCUCAGCCGCGCUGGGAAGCUUGAUGAGGCGGAGGAGCUGAUCAAAGCAAUGCCCUUCUUGCCCGAUGCCACGGAAUGGGGAAUUCUCCUUGGCGCUUGCAAGAUCUACAGGGAUGUCGAUCGAGUGGAUCGAUUAGCGAAAUUCCUGCUCGAGUCUAAGGCCGACAGGCAUGGACCUUACGUCCUCGUAUCGACGACGAUUAGAAGCUCCAUAGCCCCAAUCUCCCGCGCCAAGAAUUUAAAUUCGAAUUUAGCAAAAGAUUCUAGAUUCUUGUUAUAA